ACAGUGGCUCUGUGAUUUGUUUAUUAAGAUAAAGAAAAAUCAUCCUUGUAUGACUGUGGCAUUCACAAGGCACUGUGUUUAAUGCUGAGAGAUGCUAGACAUUAAAUCUGACAACUGUGAAAAGAGAGAUCAUGGAGAAAUCAAGUAGUGAGGAUUCUUCAAUUCACCGUAGUCCAUCUUUGGAUAGCAAGGACUCGGACUUUGCUAAACCUUCUACCUCAGGCAGGCAGUUUGGUCGAGGUUUUACUGCUGGAGCUUUUUACGGCACUGCUGGAUCACGCACACAGAGCCACACCAGGGCUGGAACAGGGACCGGCAUUGGAACUGGGACUGGCAUAAAAAGUGACAAAUACAAUGCUCCCAAAGGCAGCAAAUAUGUGGUGUUUUACCUGGAUCUAUCUUUUGUUUUCCUUUUAGAAUUUAAGAAGUGCAACAUGGCAAGAGGCUGCCUGUGUUGUUUGAAAUACAUGAUGUUCCUUUUCAAUUUAAUGUUUUGGUUAUGUGGCUGUGGACUGUUGGGCGUGGGAAUAUGGCUGUCGGUGUCACAAGGAAACUUCGCCACAUUUUCUCCCAGCUUUCCAUCAUUUUCGGCUGCCAACCUUGUCAUUGCCAUUGGUACAAUCAUCAUGGUAACCGGCUUUUUGGGAUGUCUGGGUGCUAUCAAGGAAAACAAGUGCCUCCUUUUAAGUUUUUUCAUCAUUCUGCUGAUAAUUCUCCUGGCAGAGCUGAUAUUACUAAUUUUGUUCUUUGUUUAUAUGGACAAGGUCAAUGAGAAUGCAAAGAAGGAUUUGAAAGAAGGUCUUCAGCUUUACAAUACAGAAAAUAAUGUGGGGCUGAAGAACGCAUGGAAUAUCAUUCAGGCAGAGAUGCAUUGCUGUGGGGUUACUGAUUAUACUGAUUGGUUCCCUGUUCUGGGGACAAACGUCGUCCCAGACCGAUGCUGUAUGGAAAAUUCCCAAGAUUGUGGACGGAAUUCUACUGAUUUAGUGUGGAAAACGGGUUGUUACGAGAAAGUUAAAAUGUGGUUUGAGGAUAAUAAGCAUGUUCUCGGGACAGUUGGGAUGUGUAUCCUCAUAAUGCAGAUACUUGGCAUGGCCUUCUCCAUGACACUGUUCCAGCAGAUUCAUAGGACUGGUAAAAAAUAUGAUGCCUAAAUCUUCAAAAUGUUAACUGCAUCUACACUUCUGUCUUGCCAUUAAAAACAAAGCAAAACAACCGAAAAGAAAAAUCAAGCUUUGCUCUGCUGAAGGCAUUCAUCCCACCGAUCAAUCUACGUCAUCAUUACUAGACUGAUUACUAGCACAACUUGCUACUUGACUUACUUUUUUGUUUCUGUUUUGCAUUUGCCAUUUAUUUGCCAAAGAAGAAAAAGAAAAAUAAUAAAAACAAAUCAAUUUUCUACACUAAUUCAUAGAUCUAUUAAACUUUUCCCUAACUUUAUUUAAGAAAAUGCUUUGCUCUACUAAUUGUUGUUAGACAUGCAAGGAUAAUGUGACAGAUAUGUGUUUAACUUCUAGAGAGAAUUCUUUGAAGUCUUCUGAUAAGUCUCAAACUGCUCAUGUCUGACAUACUGGAAGACUUGGGAAAGCCACUUAGACUGAGAGCCCUAGGAAUCAGAGCUGCUCACUUGCAGCUUUUUGUACCUUAUGGUGUAUACUUUUUUAUUAUGGAGAUAGCUUAGAAUUUAGUAGCCUGAUUUGUAACUUCUUACUGUUUUGUUUUACAUCUGUCAUAUUUUAAUCCAGGAACCACUGUGCGAUCUUUGAAGGACACAUUUUUAUCAUUAGUUUAAAAGGUGGAAAUAAAGACAUGACUGUUCUAAAGUCCCUAGGGAGGCUACAUUUAACUGCAUCUUCUGAGCUACCGUGGGUUUGUACCCUUACUAUAUUGAUGACAGUCCUUUCAAUGAGGUGGCUCAGUACUUUAGGGCCAGAUUGGGUUGCCCUUACUCUCACUGGGCUGAAGGUGAACCCCUUAUUCUCGAUGGGCUAGAUUGUGAUGCCUUUAUCCACAAUGAGUAGCGCCUUACUCCUCAGGUAGGCCCAUUAAAUGGGACUACUUUCAGCAUGAUACUAUUCAGUGUGAGUAAGUGUAUCACGUGAGUAACUGCUCACCAGCGCCAGGAAGGGGCUUACUUUCUGGCCCAUUGAGUAAUAGUUUACUCCCUAAGUAGUCCCAUUGAUUUCAAUGGGAUGGCUUAUCAUGCACGGUGCUGUACAGCAUAAGGGGAGCACAAUUGGCUCAUUGUCAGUUUUCCUGAAAGGCGUUUACUUGACAAUGGUUGCAAUUUUUCCAGGUUGGCGAGGUAGCUUUUGAACAACCAUGGAGGUAUAAAGCUGGUUAAAGGCAAGUGGGGGAAUGGUGUGCCGUAUGUCCCAAGAGAGCGGGAAAGGCGUGAUUUACGUUUUCACUCUGAAAUCAGUUACCAGAUAGGUGCUCAGAACCUGUUUAUAUCUUUGCACAUACAGUGUUGACUUUUGUCUUCUGUUUUCCAAGUCAGAUGUAUACAUGGUAGUUCAGAACUCAUUACAACACACAUUUCUACCGACAUUCCUGCUAGAAAACUUGAACAUAUUCCUCUCUAGUUUGAAUGCUGCUUCUUUCAUAGUGGCCCCUGCUUGACUUCUUUUGUUAUAUUUUUUUUUGGCAGAGGUCUUUCUUACAUUUUGCUGCUUCACGAAGGAAAGGAUGAAUGAAAAUGAAACUCCAGUCAUUUUGUGGACACUCUGGUUUUAUUUUAGUCAGAAGUUUAUAGUGGUAAUUUUAAAAUACAUUUUAAAGCUAAUUUAUUCCCUGCUGGGCCCAGAUAGCUGUCGAAGUGGACAGAUGUUUAUCACCUGCUAUCAAAGUAGUGCAGCGAUGCUUACAAAUGUGAGGUCCUUAUUCUCAUUUACCCGAAGCACCUUUACACCUCUCCGGCAGUGUAAAGGGCCUUGAAGUGAGUGUAAACGUACUUUAUGCCAACUUUAAGGCCCCUUUACAUAGAGUGAUGGAAAGGGGCAUUAAUGUAAGUGACAGUCAGGCCCUGAAAAUCUAGUCCACUAUUUUCAAACUUGGCUGCCUACCAAUAGGUAUCUAAAUUGAUAUUUAGGCAGGUCACUUCUUUAGAUAACUUUCAGAGCGGUUGAGCACCUACCUACAGUUUUCAUAGAAGUCAGUGGCACUGCAGGGGCUCAGGCUCUUUGAAAAUCAGGCCACAUAUUUACAUGCCUAGAAUGUAGAAUUAGGUUCCUAACUUUAGGCCCUCAAGGUUGAAAAAUUUGGGUAUAAUGCACAUAUUAUUGGUGCAGGAUAAUACAAUCUGUCCUUCCUAAAUAGCUGUUUGGUUGCGUAUAGCCUUUAGUUAUUCUUCCACUGGCCAUAUAGGUGACUGCUGCUUCAUUCAUAUUUCCUUUUAAAGGAACGAGGAGGGGGAAAAUAUAGACAAAACCUGGUUUACUUUAAUUGUAACAAAAAUUGGGACCAUGUGCGUCUGAGCUCCGUUUGAGACACUCUGUGUCAAGAAUGGGAGCUCUGGCACUGAGCAUAUUUGCUGCUAUGUGUAAGAUAGUCUCCAAAGUUUCCAAAAAAAUGAUAAGUUUUGAAUUUUUGCAUUUUAAAAAAUGUAUAUCUUUAAUCCAUAGCUCUACUUCUUUAUCUAUUAUGGUAGGGUUAUUUUGCUUUCUCUUGUAAAAUACCAAUGUUUUCUCUCUCAGACAAACAUAGAAGGGUGGAAAAAUAAGCAAGACCAGGAUGCUAAUCCUUCUAAAGUCGCACAGUGGUACCUGUUGAAAUCUUACAUUUUAAUCUGUGGUUGGUUUUUGUAAAAAAAAAAAAAAAAAAAAAAAAAAAAAGAAAGCAAAAUGCAUUUAUACAAGUAACAAUGAAGGCAAAAUACAUAGUGGAAAACUAAAACUAUUUUGCCUUCCCUUAAAACUUAUUUUUUGUAGAAUGCUCAGUUAUGUUUUAUGACCUGAUAGCAAGAUAGAUAUUGAAAAUUCUUUUUUCAUGAAUUCUUUUAGCAUUUUAAGUACAGUAUUAACAGAGAUAAUUAUACAAACAGUAUUGUCAAGUCUCACUUUAGCUGACUACGGAAAGGGAAUUAAUCAAAUUAAGUAAACAAUUAGCAUUAUAGUACAGUAGCUGAAUAUCAAUCCAUAUAACGGGAAAACCUGUGUUUUGAAAACAAAGAAAAAGCAAUACUGUUCUUAAGGUGACAAAAGCCAGCCAUAAAAAAAGCAUUAGAUUGUAUUUGUUGGUAUAUAUCAGAGAAGAUACUAAUUGUCCUUUGACUGUUUAGUGAAAGGGAUAUCAAUCUUGUUUAAAAAUGCACUUUUUUGCUUGCAUUGGUGGAUGGCUGUCUGUGCAUUUUUCCAAAACAUUGCUUUGAUUAUUUAACUACACAUUUUUAGCAUGUUUUUAAAUAAAAACUGAUACUGAGUAAAAGUAUUUUAAGUGUAUACAAAUGUUGAUUUGUAUUUAUAUAUGCAUAUAUAUAUAUAUAUAUAUCAAUGAAGCUCAGUUCAACUGUAUCAAAGUUUUGUUUCUUUUUAAAGUGUCAUUUUAGAAUUUUGCAUUCAUGAUAUUUUGUUGUGCUUUUUGCACCCAAAUUUUUAUAUAUAAGCUUAAACUGUAGAGGAGCUAAUCUGAUUUUUGGAUUUCAGAGAGGCAGGUAAGACUUAUAGCAGUAGCGUGUAUCCAUAUUUAAUUCAGUAGCCGUGUCAGAACUGUCAAGAGGGAAAAGGGCUUUUUCUUUACGACAGGUAACUGCUUACACUUCCAAGCAUGUGGCUUUCAAAUCCUGGGUGCAUAAUGUCCAGAAACCAGGGCUAUUUUCCUCAGUCUGGCCCUUUAUGUUUACCUGUAUUCCUAAUUAAGAAACAAGGCCAGAGUGCAUUUUAUUUCCACAAUUAAUUACAGUGGCUACUUCAGAAAACUGUUAGCCAAAUGUAACAGGGACUCAUUCUGUAGGGGAAAUAGGAAACUCAUGAGACAGAGGGUAAGUGGCUAAGGUUCAGAGAUUCAGCACUACAGGUCUGAUCUUGCAGGGUGCUGAGUUGUGAGAUGCUGCGCAUUCUUAGUUUCAUUGACUUCCAGGGCAGCUGAUGGUGCCCAGUUGACCUCACUCCUGUCCCUGGUAUCUCAUUAGUCGUCCCCUGGAAUCAUUUGGCUUCCAGGUCCUAUGGAUCCUCCCCUUAGGCUGGGGGAAGGUCCUUCAGCAGUGGGCAGGUUUCCGCCUGCCCACUUCCUGGAUCCCAAUAGGACCUCAGACUCCAAGCCUCAGGAGAAUGAAACAAAAUACUUCUAAAAGUUAAGUCAGACACUUUUCUGGCAUGGCGUUGCCAAGUCUUUAACUUUUGACUGUAGCCGAGUAAGUGCCCUGAAAUUACAUGCUUAAAGCAAUUGCUACAGGAGCUCUCAAAGCAGCUGUUGGGAGCAAAUUUAAAGAAAGUGACCAUUGAUGAGAUUUCUAAUCGCUUCAUGUUUCACUUGACAAGAAAUGGCUCCAAAUUGUUGUACAUUAAGGCAGUCAGAAAGGUUAAAAAUAAGUGACCCGCUAAAGGGUAUGUUUGGGGAAGAAAGGGGACUGGGCUUAGACCCCUCUUUUGCUUUUAUAAAGAAGGGCCAAAUACUUUUUGAUGUUCUUUUGUUGGUGGCAGGGGGUGUUCCCCUGUUCCCCCGCCCCCAGCCUUUUACUUUGCAAGUAUCAGGAAAUUAAAUUCUGUGUUUUUCUGGAGGACUUGUUGGGGGUCUUGGGUAAUCUUUCUCCAGAAUUUUACUUAGUGGCUGGAGUUACAUACAAAAGAAUGUGUGGGGGCGGGAGGAUGUGCUGGCCACCGCUUCCCGCAGCUCCCACUGGCCAGGAACAGCAAACCGCAGUCACUGGGAGCUGUGGGGCGGCUGUGCCUGCGGCCAGUCAACGUAAACAAAAUGUCUCGCUGCCCGCCAGCAGAUUACCCUGAUGGGCCGUAUGCCGAAGGUUGCCGACCCCAAGGUAUCCAUGGUGCAGGGAUGCUCAUUUGGCCCAAUAUACAUUGUCUGUGAGGACAGGCUCCUGGAAACAGUAAGAAUUCAUUGUUAAAAGGUUGGGUUAACAUACAAACCAGAGGUGCUUAAAGGUGUUUAGUCCACUCUACUGUAGUUGACAUCACUGUAAGAGAUUUAAAAAAUAACUCACUCCCCAAUAAUUUCUUAUGUAGUCAAGGAAAUGCGUUUCGGUGCCAUACUUUCAGGAGCCUGUGUGCACUUUUGUGUGCUAGCGUACGUGCACAAUUGGCCAGGUUUACAUCUCCAUAUCCACACGCACUGAAUUCUGAUCUUUGCUUUAUUGCUGAUCUCGGCUUGUACCCUUAGCUACUUAACCAGUUCCACUUUUAGAAAUGCCAGAUUUUUAAGGCUUGUGGGGUUACUAAGUGUAUGUCUACACAGCAACUAGAUACCUGCUCCUGGCCCAUGCCAGCCGACUCAGGAUUGCAUGGCUCGGGCUAUGGGCUGCUUCAUUGCAAUGUGCACUUUUGGGCUCAGGCUGGGCUCAAGCUCUGGGACCCUCCCACCUCCCAGGGUCCGAGAGUCCGGACUCCAGCCUCAGCCCGGAAGUGCACACUGUAAUGAAGCAGCCCCGCAGCCUGAACCUGAGUCACUUGGCACAGGCCAGCUGUGGGUUUUUCAUUGCAGUGUAAACAUACCCUUAGGGGGCUGUAGUGCUGGGAGGCUGUGCAGAGUUUCUGGUACUGGGGAAUCAGAAACAGGUUGAGACUAUUGCCUGGAACAAGUCCCCCAACACAAGAUACCCACUUGAUUUGCUUCACCAAUGCCAGUUGUUUUGACUGUCAGACUGGGAAGGAAGGCUUGUCCUGAAAUGAAUACUGUCAGAAUAAGAGUUUGAACCUUCAUGGAGUUAGAGAGAAAUGGGGACCCUGGGAGGGACAGAGGCAGGGAAUUGACUGCCAGGAGGGUGUUUUCCAGGGGUAGGGCAAAAUUGUGGGAGGCUUAGGGAAAUACUUGUAAUAGGGCCUUGGCUAGGUAGGGAGGGGGGAGGAUCAGUGCUUCACAGUUAGGAGCUGUCCAUAAACCACGUAACUCAUUACGGGUUGGAUGAGUCCUUACUUUUGAGUGUUGUUCUCAGUGUUACAAAGUGUUGCAAGGGUAGGUGGAUCUUGGAAAUCACUGAAAAAUUAGUUACCUAAAUGAUGGACAGCCCCCUAGUCAUGGCUGUGUUAAAGGGGAGAGAGGAGGGGGUUGAGGAACUGAAGAUGAUACACCAAAUAGAAAUGUAGGUGCCUUUAGCACCUAAAACCAAAUAUCAAAUUGAUAACAUUUGGUGACCCAUUGCCCAACAUGGAUAGCUGUGAUAGAUAGUACUGGUGUAAAUAAAGUGCACUCUUUGUCCAUUGGUAGGUUGAAUAGUAGGUAUUAAAACCAAGUCACAAUUAUACUCAAGUGAACGUCAGUUGCCUUUAGAGUUUUAUCUUGUGCAUGUUGCAUUGAGUGACUGAGUUCCAACAGUGUAUCUGUAGUAGAAUAAUAUGCCGAAAAGCGCAUUUGAAAGUCACAAGUGGAGAGUGUAAUGUAACUCAUCCACUCAGUAUUUUUGAUACCAUACAUUCAGACAAACUCAGCAUAUCAUUUGUAUUGCAUCAAAGAUGCUGUGGUUUAUUGGAAUAAAGAUGGCAAGGAGAAAAAGGACAUUUUCCCAACAAAUAUAUUUCUGGCAAUGUGGUCUGUGUGUAAAAGGGAAUUGGGGGGAAGCAGAAUGCAAUAAGGCACAAUUAGUGUCCAGAAAUAAUUUCCUUUUAAACUUAAUUUGUUGGCUUCGUCACUUAGCUCUUGUGUGAAACAUGGAGAUAUUUUUAUACCAGAAAUACACUUGCAGACCCAGAACAUUUGUCCGUGUGGUAGCUAUUAGAACCUAAUGUGCCAUUCCAUCCAAGUUACGUUCACACCGGUGUUCCUUCUAUGCAAUACCUACUUUAGCCUUUGUACAAAUUAUUUUGUAUUAGUAUUACAUAUAAAAAUAAAGGACAUAAGAAAAG